AUGACCACGGCGACAGGGCUUCAGGGAGAGGGUCUCAAGUUAUUUUGAAGGGGAAGAUUUUCCCUGUGAGAGUGCUGUGUCAUGAUAAACUCUUCCCCUAUCUAACCUCCUCUCCCCUUCAUAGGGGUAGGUUUGGUGUAGACCAUAGAAGCCAGUGUGCAUUGGGCGGGAGUAAUCAUGGAAGAUAGGGGUCGUUUAUGGAGGAGGAGAAUACAGAACUGGGUUGGAGGGGAGGUAGAGGGGAUCAGUGGGCUUUGUGUGAAGCAGUGGGGAUCAGAUAUGUUUUUCAUAGGAUUACGUCUAACUGGGAUAAUUCAGAACUUUGUCUGAGUGAAAAGAGUUUAUAUGGUGGGGCUAUACUAUUUCCCCAAUGCCGUAGGCUGUGAGGUCUUCCUGGGAAUGUUGCCCAAAGGACAUAAUAUCUCACCUCGCAGAUAAUGUCAGACUCACUAAUUUAUCAUGAAGAAUAUGCCGCUCUUGCUGCUUUACAAUCAGCCAAUUUUAUAUCCAUUGUUCUUAGAGGUGGUUGUCACAGAAGUUACUGGAAAUAUCCUUCUGAGAAGCCAUGCUAGUUGGACAGAAGGGCCUCUAGUUUGCUUCUACAACUCUCCUUUUGAAGCCAUUGCGUUCUUCUCUCUAUCUGACCAGAACCUGCCCGUCCGUUUACUGUCAAAAAACUCAUGUAUAACUAUGUGAGGGACUUUAAUCAAGUAUUAGGCUACCUGAUCAUCAAAGCUCUUCGUUGAAGUCAUAUCUGACUUUGUUCCAUUCUUUUUUCAAACCAAGAAACAUAGAGGAACUUUUUAAAAAAAUUGAUAAGAGUUUCUGUUCAAGUGAGAUGUCACUUUGUGCAUUUACCUUGUGAUUUGGAACGGUACAAAUGUUUGGAAAAUUUUAUUAAAGGAACCUACUGAUUGUACGCAUCUGAUUUUCUUUGUGCUAUGAAUGUAAUUUUCUUUGUACAUAUUAUUGAUCUUCUUGUCUUGUUGUCUAUUUGGGUCGAGCCAUUCAAUAUGUGGACUGCCUCUCUGUUCAUUUCCAGAUUAUUGAUCAUUUUUUACUCUCCUGACCUAUCCAGAGUCCUCUGUAAGUUCUUUGCACAUGGAGCAUGUUUGAAGGGGGAUAAUUGUGAAUUUUCACACGACUGGAAACAACCAGCCAAUAACGUAAGAAAAUCAAAAAAUCAAUCUGCUUGCUAUCUUACCCGUGUUUGUUAUUUUCUCUUUAGUGGAAUCAAUGAUCAAUCUUAUGGUAGCAAUUUCUUCUUCUUUUUUCUUUUUUUUUCCCUUGUCAGAUUUGCACUUUUUAUCAAAAAGGUGCUUGCUCCUAUGGUAGUAGAUGCAGAUAUGACCAUGUUAAAGCCCCUCGUCAGGCUCCUGUUUCAUUGUCACCGAAUUCCUCCUUUCGGACUGGACAUCCGAAUAGGACUCCUCUGGGUAAAGAGCCAGCUGCCACACAGAAUCACCUUUCAGGCUCUGCUUCAUCCAGCAGAUCUCUUACCUCUGUUACGAAACCAGUGUGGGCCCUAGAAGCCCACACAUCUAGUUUUUCAAGAAAUGAGAAUAGACCCCAUAUUGUGGCUGUUGAUCCAACGGAAAAGCCCAUAUGCUCAUUUGCAGCUGCUGGUUACUGUCCCCAUGGUGACAAGUGUCCUCACAUUCAUGGCGAUUUGUGUUACAUCUGUGGGAAGAAUUGCUUGCAUCCAUAUCGUCCAGAUGAAAGAGAGGAACACAUGAGAAUGUGUCAACAAAAUAGCAAACACCUUGAAGCAUUGAGGCACAGCCAAGAGAUAGAAUGCAGCGUGUGCUUGGAACGCGUUCUGUCUAAGCCAGCGCCUUCUGAGAGGAAGUUUGGGCUGCUCUCCGAAUGUGACCAUCCAUUCUGUGUUUCAUGCAUCCGAAAUUGGCGCAGCAGUUCUCCAUCAUCCGGCAUGGACGUCAACAGUGCAUUACGAGCUUGCCCAAUAUGCAGAAAACUCUCAUAUUUUGUGGUUCCCAGUGUCAUCUGGUACUCAUGCAAGGAGGAGAAACAGGAGAUAGUCGAUGGUUACAAAGACAAGCUCAGGUACUUCGCUGUACUCUACUCUGUGGAGAUACUUUUCUUCUAUUCCUUUCCUUUCUUGCUGCUAUGAUGUGUACAAACUGGGAAUCUUUUCUCGCUGAUAGGCAGUUAAAUCCAUUUAACUACACAUCCACACCUUGCUAUAAAUAGGUACAUCACUUAUGCUGUUGUGUGCUUUAUUGGAUAGGUCGAUUGAUUGCAAGUACUUUGACUUUGGAAACGGGUCAUGCCCCUUUGGAACCAGUUGUUUCUACAAGGUACGCCCGUUUCUUGAGAACCGAUUGUUCUUUUGUUCUUCAUAUCCAUGAUACCUUCUUAAUUCUUGCCCGAACCUCAUGUCAGCAUGCAUACCGUGAUGGGAGUCUAGAAGAAGUGGUGCUGCGGCACCUGGACACCGAUGAUGGAAAGACGAUGAUAGCCAAGGAUAUUAGGUUUGGAUCGGCCUUUCUCUUAGACAAAACUGCUACAUUUAUCCCAUCUUGUCUAAAACAGAUCACUUGUGCUGUCAGGCUCUCGGAAUUCUUCAGUGGGAUGCACCUCUAG